ACAGUGGUUGACACAGCCAGGCCCUGCCUGCUGCCAGCAGGGAUUGUGUCACCCGUGCACAGGGGCAGCUCCAUCUUCCACACCCGAGCUCCUCCCAGGAGCUCUCAGGGGCUGGUCCCGGUGUUGGGCGGUGCAGUCCCAUGUGCUGCUAUCCCAAGGGAGGCUGCUGGGGGGGCUGCUGGCUGUGCAGCCUCUGCAGGAGCUCAGCUUUCCUGGCUGCUGUGGGUAAUGGUGUUGGCCAAGAGCUGUUGGAACAGUGCUGGGUUAAUGGCUGGUGCUUCCCUUCCUCAGCCUUGAGCCAGCCUGAGGAAAUGGGUGCCCAGUGUUCCUUGGCCUGAGUGGCCACACCUGGGGAGUGCAAGAGAACCUGUGUUCUGCCAUCCUUCUCUGCCCGAUGGUUGAUUCCCUGCCCCCUGCUCGGUAUUGCUGGGUCGGAUGCGUUUGGCCAAAAGGAAUAUCCAGGCUGUCUCCUGGAGCAGGCAGUGGCCAGGACCAGGCAGGAUCCCUGGUGUCACACUGACCUUUCAGGCCCUGUGGAGGGACAGCAGCAGCAUGACCACCCCCUGCACUCACGGGCUGUGGGUUUUGGCCCCUCUGUGGUUUGGGUUUCACUUCCCAACUCCAGCCGAGGGUGUCAGAACCGCUGUGAGACCCGGCUGAGUGUGAGCCGUCACCCCAGGCCGGCUGCGGUCCUGACCUGGCGCCUCCCGGCUCUGCGCUGGCCCCGGCUCCCCCCGCAGCCACGGCUCCGUCACGCAGGGAAGGAAUCCCAAUGCCAGCACCGAGCCCCGGCGGUGGCACAGAUGGCCCAGCCCUGCCCGGGGCCGGAGAAGGUGCGUGGGGGCUCCAGGCUGGGGGUGGCCGGGGGAGACACAGCUCGGGGGUGGCUCUGCUGUGCCAGCGCUCCCCGCCCGCGGUCCCAGCGCCCUCCAGUCCCACCCUCAUCCAAAGCCUCUCCCACAGCCCAAACCCAGCACAGAGAGUCCCGUGAGCCUGACCCUGGUGUCCCUCCGGCCCUGGUGGCCCGCCGGAAUGGCCGAGCAGCACGAGGUGGGUUCGGGGAGCAGGAGUUCCCCCGCGGGACACAGGGAUGCGGCGUGGACCAGCACUGAGGUGCGCUCUGCUUCAACUUCCUUCCCAGCGUGGAGCCGAUUUCCUCCGGCAUCACGUGCACGGUGUGGGGCCGGGGCAGCCUGGCACGGCACGGCACGGCUCGGCCUCGGGGCAGCCCCGCAGCGCCAGCAGCUGCAACCACAGCAAAGGACAAGGAGGGCAAGGACAGGGAGCUCCCCCGAAGCUCCCAGCACCAGCAAGGAUGGAGCCAGCCAAGCUCCCACUCACCAAGAGGAUGGCUCCUGCUCCCCCCAUUCCUGCAAAGACCAAACCAGUCCCCGUGCUGGCCACCAAGCCCAGUGACCCCCAGCCCAGCACCUCAGCUGACAUGGAGUGGGGCAGAGCCAGAGACCCAGAUGCCAACAGCUUUAACAUGGUGUCAGUGACCACAGCCAGGCUGAGCCACCCCACAGCCACACGGCCACGAGUCCCUGGCCAGCGGCCACCCAGCCUGGCCCUGGGGAGCACAGGGGGUCCCCAUGGGGGGGAGCAGCCCCAGGGGCUGCCCCGUUCUGCCCUCUGUGCCCCUGUCCCCAGCACAGGGCAGGCACCUGUCCCACCGUGGAGCACAGAGGGGCUGGAGGUGCUGGAGGGGAGGCCACUGGCCCUGGAGGACCUGAAGGCUGAGGUGCGGACCCUGCACAUCCUUGUGGACCUGAUGCGAGUCCAGCACCUGCGGGACCUGCAGGAGCUGCGGCAGGAGCUGUGCCAGGAGCAGGCUCAGCGCCAGGUGCUGCAGGUGAGUCCCUGCCAGGGGUUGCCUUGUCUGGGGUCCCCUGUGCCCCCCAACAAUCACAGCCUCUCCCCACAGGCAGAGGUCGAGCGGGUGAGGAAGGGGCUGCCCUGUUAGCAUGGGGGGCACAUGGCUGGC